AAAUGCAUCACGAUCACGAUCGAAAAACGUGAGUUAGCGACGGAAACAAGCUAGUGGCUAAAAGCAAUUAUCAGUUCAGAAAUUUAAAGGAAAUACUUUUAACGUUAAAAUUGUAUUUUAUGGAGAUGGUUGUAAUAGUUUUGCUAUUUCAGACACACUCGGUCUUAACUAGAAAAAUAAAAUAAAACGACGUUAACGAGCUAACUUGUUAGCAUUACCUUCAGGAUGUCGAGAUGUUUACAACAAGUUUCACAGCGGAGCAGCAGAGGGAACUAGCCAAGAAACUCGCCACCUUUCUGUCUCAGUACAGCCACCUGUCCGACUCCUACAUAAUUGAAUUUUUCACAGAAGAUCUGUGGCACACAUUACCCAGCAGCUGGCAGCCUGUGUUGCAGGACCUGUCAUAUCCACAGAUUGCAGACCUAUUGCUGGAUGCCACUCAUGAAGACAGGAGAUAUCCUUCAGUGUGGCCUCUGUCUCUCUUGGCUUUUCGUGCCACAGCCCAUGCCCUGGCAUUUCCUAGGGAGAGCAGGAGUGAGGGAUGCAGAGUAGGCGGGUCAGUGAAGCCAAAGGAGUUCCUGGAAAAUCACAGUCAGAGCUCCCUCCUGGGUCACAUUUUCAGGAAGCAUGUUAAACCCAAGAAACAGCAUGAGAUUCGCAAGCUCGGCACACUGGUUAAGCAACUUUGUGAGCAGACUGAUUGCAACAGAGUGGUCGAUGUGGGCUCUGGGCAGGGUCACCUGACUCGUUUCCUGUCCUUUGGACUUGGACUUUCUGUGACUGCUAUUGAAGCUGAUCCAACCCUGGUUACUAUGGCAUCCAAGUUUGAUGGACAGUUGGUGUGGGCCUUGGAGAAGGAGAAGCAGAAAAAGAACUGCUCCUCUCACAUUCCAGCACAAAAUUUUCCUCGUCACAUCGCCGGUUGGGUAAACCCGAAGGCAUCAUGGGAGGCUUUCAUCGGACAGCUAAAAGCUGCAGAUCAUGUCAGUGAAGGUCCCCCAACUCCAUCUGGACCCAGCAAAAAGAAACUGCGAGGCUCUGUGCAACAGGGAAGCCUCCAUGUAGUUCAGACUUCUUAUGCUCGUUCUGAUUCUAACUCUCAAGAGUCUGAACUGUCAAAACAACAAAAGUCAAAAAAGAUGUCCGGAGUGGAAUUCGUUGACGAAAAAUGCUGCUCAUGCAUCCACUCUGACGGUCACGAGGGGGCAUACUCUGAGGAAGACAGCCUGCAAGGCUAUCCAAACUUUGUCCUGACUGGUCUCCAUGCCUGCGGUGACCUCAGUGCCACCCUCCUCCGCCAUUUUGUCAAAUGCCCGCAUGUGCGCGGCAUCACCUCAGUGGCAUGCUGUUACAUGAAAAUCACAACCAAAGAAAACCCCACCCCUCCAGGACUGGUCAUACCGCCUGCUCCACCAACACCGGAUCAAGAGUCAGUUCAGUCAGAGUUUGGCUACCCGAUGAGCUCCUGGGUGUCAGGGCUGUCGGGACAUCAGUUGUCCUAUAAGGCCCGAGAGGGGGCGUGUCAUGCUUUGGAGGACUAUGUGCGGCGACUCAGGGAAGAAAGCGAGUUGCUCAGGUCGCACUGUUACAGAGCGAUGCUUGAGACCUUCAUCAGAGACACAAGGCCAGAUCUGCGCAGGGCAGGAAUCCAGACCAUCAAGAAAUCCCACCUAUUACCUUUUACAGAAUAUGCUCGUUUGGGUCUGGCUCGGGUCGGACUGCCUCCUGAAUUGCCCCUGGACCUGGGGCGAGUGGAGGCCAUGUUGAAGGAACAGGGCAGGGUGGUGGUGUACUUCAGCUUGUCCCUGCUGCUGGCCCCUGUGGUGGAGACAAUGGUGCUGCUGGAUAGGAUGAUCUACCUCCAAGAGAAUGGUGUGAACAGUCAGCUUGUUCCUCUCUUCAACCCAAACUUCUCUCCAAGAAACUUUGUACUGGUGGCUCUGAAGCCUUGUGGACAAUGACAACAAAAGGGGCAUUCCCACUUAAUCACUCUUUGUUUUUAGGAAUUUUAAAUAUUGAAUAUUAAGAAAAGUUUUAAGUUUUUAAUCCAUCUGAGCAUCGUGAUCCUGACACAUACAUGUAACACUGUUUAUCACUUAAAGCCUCUAUGACAGCUUAGAGAUAUGCGUGGGUUAGGUAUCAAUUUCCUUUGCAUGGUUUGGUUUCUGUAUAGACAGACAUUAUGUUUGUUGUUGUUUUUUUUAAUUGUUUUUAUUUAUUCUAUUUCUUGCGCCAUUUUUAGUAAAGGAGAAAGGGAACAUCAUAUUUUACUGUGUGUGAACAAUAUAUCCAUCCAUCUUCUUGUGCUUAUCUAAUCCAGGGUCAUGGGGAGGGAUUAAGGAUAGAUGUGGGCAUCGUCAUCACCAAGAAAUGUUAAAGCCUAGAAAUUGUGCCAAUAAGCUGCUUUAGAGCAGGUUAUGUUACCAUCUCAAUUGAUGUUGGGUUUUUUUCUAUAGUUGAAAGUGAAAAAAUAGAAACUUUUCUCUCAUUUAUUAUUUAUUUAUUAUGUAAUUACUUUGGUGUAUUAGUAGUAAUGGGAGAGGGCUUUAUGAGAAAUGUUGUAAAGCUUGUGAAAAUACAGUAAAAACUUCAAAGUUUA